AGCAUGUACAUUCUCAGCCGCUCGGACUCUUCCAGUGAAUUCGACUUCAAUAGAACCCUGGAAAAUGUCCUGCGAUGGAUCCAGACAGCUCUGGUCGCAACUAAGGAUUUUCUUGUUACUUUCUUUAGAGAUCAAGGCGUAUUUUUCAUCGUGCUUACCGUCAUUGGUUUUGGUGUAUCUGGAAUCGUGGGUGGCUCACCUGCUGCGUUGUAUCAAAGCUUCUGCUACGGCGGACACACCCCUGCCGCCUCGGUCUUUGCUUGUUUACAGUCGACUGGCAUGUCAUAUAACGGGUUCACUGUUAGCAACGUAGUGCUUGUGAUCAUCAGGGUACUCGCUGGGCUGGUGGCGGUGUAUAUGAUUCUGUCAAUGAUUUGAUAUCCGUUCUCUUUUCGGUCUUGGAUAUCUCGGAGUCGAUGCAUACUCGUUCCCUUUUAGCUCUCCACGUGCCAGUCGCUUCCGUACGCAUUCUUUUGUGGCCUCUCCCGUGUACUCGUAGUUGGCUUUUCUAAACUUUGAUCACUGAAUGAAGCUAUUGGUGCCAG